AUGUUCCAUCCUCAUCAUUCAAGUCAGGCUCGAUAUCUCGCGGAGGAUAGACGAACCGGGAUAGAGACUGAGGGUCUUGAGGAGGUGAGGAUUGUGGAAGAAGUGGUGGCGACGCUGCAGUACAAAGCAUCCCUCGAAGCAGAGGUCAUCACGCCAACCCUCUCAGCAGUACACAGAGUCCUCGAAGCAGCCAUCACGCUAUCCCUUUCAAUAUUACAGAGCGUCGAAGUGGCCAUCACGCCACCCCUUUCAACAAUAUACAGCGUCCUCGAAGCAGAGGUCAUCACGCCGCCCCUUUCGACAGUACAGAGUGCCCUCGAAGCGGUCAUCAUGUUACCCCUUUCAACAGUACGGAGUGUUCUUGAAGGAGUCACUACGCUACCCCUUUCAAUAAUACAAAGCGUCCUUGAAGCCGCGAAUCCAGGGGUCACCAGUAUUGCUCAGCCUGCGUCCUUCACCCGUGCUGUCACCACCACCCUAGCCGGAACGAACGAAGAAGCCAUUCUCACCCAAGCAUCCUAUGCCCUUCGAACACCCUCUGCCCUUCGAACACCCUCUGCCCUUCGAACACCCUCUUCCCUUCGGGACCGGGGAGAACCACGACAAGAAUCCGAACAUGAUGCGGAUUCAGUCGGCCUGAAGGACCAGCAUGGAGGAAGCAAGCGAUCACUGAUUCUCUCCGAUGGUGACUCGUUCCAACGAUUCAACGUCGCUCACCUUCCUCCUCCUCCCGUUCCUACUCCUCCUGUCAAUGGUCCAGUCCUAGCCCCGAGUCCUUCGUCCAUUCUUCCUACGAAGGGAGCUGUCUCCCACUGCUUCAAGAUUCGCCGCAGCAUCGCCAACACCCUAACGACCACGUCGAUGGGCUACUGA